GACAUGUACCUGCCAGGAACGACACGCUUCCUUCUUUUGCGCCUUCAGCUUAGUCCUUGGCGCAAGUUCACUGAUAAAGAAAAGGAAAUAAUUUAGAUUAGGGCGACUUUGUAUUGUAAUUGCUUUUAAAUAAGUAAAUGCUUUCGUGUAUUCAUCCCAUUAUUAAAUGUUAUACAAAGUCUAUGAAUUAGUAAACCAAUAAAAUAAAAAUAUUAUUUCUUUUGAAAAUCGAGUCCAUGGAAUUUUAACGACUAAACUGAUCUUAAGUAUCUACUGGAAAUAUUGGUGUGAGGCCAAAAAAGCAGCGAUUAUAACUAAUUAGUAAACUAUACAGAACGAAGGAGCACAGGCUGUUUGCCUUCGUGUCCUUUGGGCGCAAGUGGGGCGGGGAAGUGGGCCGGCGCUGCGCUGCGGGGGAGGCAGCGGCUCGGCGACGCGGGGAGCCGCGGCUCGGAGACGGAGCGCUUACGGCGCAAUGCUGCGAGCUCCGGGGCCACGGCGCGUCCCUCGUCCUCCGAGCCGGGGCUGAGACGCCUUUCGGGGGAGCGCUCUCCGCGCAGGCACAGUCGCACCUAUCUUGGUUAAUUCAGCUGAAGAAAAAAAAUGCAUCUAUUCAGGACUUACAAUUAUCGUGUGCAUCCGGAGCGCUAUUCCUGGGAAACGCCGUACAUACGUGGAAUCAGCUGGAGAUUCAGCCAAAGUGGCGUGGAACGAAUCAAUCUCAAUAGGAACCUCUCACAGCACUCAACGGCAGAUUCAACAUCCAGGCUGAAGUCAAGCACUUAAACCGAGAGAAAGGGGAAGAACGUCUUUGGAUGCCACCGCUGUUCUGUUUGAAGGAUUUCCGACACCACUGCCAGAAACCUUGGAAGCGCAAGACACCAUGAAGCAGUUCCUUUCAGAUCGUAUACUGAAGGCAGGCAGGGCAGUUUGUAACGCUUUGAUAGAGCGUAGUCCUGCUCUGAUCAGAGACAGGAAGUAUCACCUCAAGAACUACAGACAAUGCUCCACAGGAAAGGAGCUUGUGGAUUGGCUGAUGACCCAAGGCGGCUCUGUCCAUUCACGCAACCAGGCAGUGGGAAUCUGGCAGGUGCUGGUCGAUGAAGGAAUUGUCGUUCACGUGAAACAGGAGUUGAACUUCCAUGACAGAGAAUGCCAGUUUUACCGAUUCCAGGAGGCAGAAUUCGGUCUGAGUCACACCAGCAAUGAGAGGGACCUGGAAGAGGAGCUCCAGGAAGGCCUGUCGCUGCUGGUCCAGAUGGGCCCUGAUGCUCUACUCACCAUGAUUCUGCGCAAAUGCCCCAGCCAGAGGAGUGCAGAGGACCUGGAGGUCAUCUACGAGGAGCUACUCCACGUCAAGGCGGUCGCACACCUGUCCAGCUCAGUGCGGAAGGAGCUGGCAGCCGUGCUGCUGUUUGAAUCACACGCCAAAGCUGGCACUGUCUUGUUCAGCCAAGGAGACAAGGGAACCUCUUGGUACAUCAUCUGGAAGGGCUCUGUUAAUGUAAUCACACAUGGGAAGGGUUUGGUGACCACGCUGCAUGAAGGUGACGACUUUGGGCAGCUGGCAGUGGUGAACGACGCCCCCCGAGCGGCCACCAUCAUCCUGCGGGAGGACUGCUGCCACUUCCUGCGUGUGGACAAGCAGGACUUCAUACGGAUCCUCAAGGACGUCGAGGCCAACACGGUGCGCCUAGAGGAGCACGGCAAGGUGGUGCUGGUUCUAGAGAAGAGUUCCGGGAGCGAAUCGGCCAAUCACGGAGCUUCAGGAAGUAACAAGUACACUGUGAUGUCAGGAACGCCAGAGAAGAUCUUGGAGCACCUGCUGGAGAGUGUGAGGCUAGACACUUACGGCAUUGAUGCUACAGAUUCCUGCAUAACCGACUUUCUCUUAACUCACAGAGUUUUCAUGCCCUCCAGUCAGCUCUGUGAAGCCCUACAGCAUCAUUACCAUGCAGAGCCUUCGGAAGGCUCAGAGCUGGAGAAAGCAGCUUACUCCCUCAACAGGAAGCAGAAGAUCAUUCGCCUGGUCAGCCAGUGGGUGCUGCUGUGUGGCCAGGUCCUCAGAGAAGACCCUCACGUUCUGGAAUUCCUAGAGAAGCUGAAAGCAGAAGUGAUAAGUGACUCGCGGCUCUUGAGCAUGCUGAAGGAGCAGUUCCGGGACCGGAGGAGGACCCGUGUGCUUGAGAAUGGAUACCAAACAUUGUCAAAGCAGUUCAACCAGCAGUUUGACUGGUUCUCCAAUCACGAGGAGCCUGCAGGAAGAAUUCAGCCAAUUAAAGCACACGAUAAAGUGCUGUAUGAAAUCUUCCGUCCAGAUCAUAACUGCAUCACUCUGAUGCUCCCAGUAAAUAGCACUGUUCAGGACAUUAUGUCGUCCUUGGUUGGUCCCGAUGGAGACCAUGUCCUGGUGAAUAUGAACUCAGCUGGAGACAGGGUUCAGCUCAAGCUGGAUGCCACAGCCGUCUUCACCUCGCUGGGCAUCAAUGAAAGGUUGUUCCUCUGCACCUCCUCUCAGGUGGACCAGCUGACGCCCCUGAAGGAUCAGCUCGGCCUGGAGCAGGGAACCAUGGACUCCCUGGAGCAAAUGAGCUCUAAGGACAUCGCCGGCCAGCUUAGUGACUACGACUGGGAGCUGUUUGGUGCCGUACAUGAGGUGGAGUUGGUCUACUACAUUUUCGGCAGACACCGGUUCCCGACUUCCACCACCGCCAACCUGGAGCGAUUCGUCAGGCGCUUCAACGAGCUCCAGAACUGGGUGGUGACUGAGCUGUGCCUCUGUGCUGACCUGCAGAAACGGGCCCUGCUGCUCAAGAAGUUCAUCAAGAUAGCCAUAGUUCUGAAGGAGCAGAAGAAUCUCAACUCCUUCUUUGCAGUGAUGUUUGGGCUCAGUAACAGUGCAGUGCAGAGGCUGACUAAGACAUGGGAGAGAGUGCCGAGCAAGACCAGACGGAUCUAUUGUGCUAAUGAAAGAUUAAUGGAUCCGUCACGUAAUCACAGACCUUACAGGCUCGCUGUAGCCAAACUGAGUCCUCCCUACAUCCCCUUCAUGCCUCUUCUGCUCAAAGACAUGACUUUCAUCCAUGAAGGAAACAAGAACUACACUGAGAACUUGAUCAAUUUUGAGAAAAUGCGCAUGAUUUCCAAGACCUUGAAGAUAGUGCGAGGAUGCAGGAGCCAGCCCUAUGUUCCCUCGUCCCCACAGAAGGGCCUGACUGAGCGGAUGUUUCUAGAGACAGGUCCUGUGCGAGUUUCUACAUAUUCAGAACAGUCCCUGUCAUUACGCAGUCCUACCACCGUGCGGCAGUAUAUCCAGAACAUCAGAGUCAUCGACAACCAGCGAAAACUCACACAGCUGUCCAGGGCAGUGGAACACUAGAGCCAGAAGCCACAAUUGGACAACUGCCACUUUGCCUGUUAUUUCUACAGAUAACUCGGCCCCCAUCCAGGAACCAACAUGUCUGUCAGUGGUGCAUUCUGGGAGAGGGGGGCUGUUCACUUACCAACUUAAAAAGGACACUUUUUGAUGGCUCGUGGUGUCUUAGUGGCACCUUCUGCCAGACAUGAAGAGAACAAUAUUAUAUUCCUGUGGUUGGACAGACGUUUCACAUUAGCCGACAUGUAUUUUCAAACUGCUGUGAUUCUUUGUUAAACUGACAUCGUCCAACUCUGUAGCAGGGAGCUUUGACACACAGGAGGGGAGCCAAGAUAAGUCACUCGUAGUUGGGAAGAAUUCCGCAUUAGUGCAGCUCAUUCUGUAGCCUGACUUAUUAAAACUGAAUUUAUAUACAUAUACAGCACAUUCCAUAUGAUGUGAAAAAGUUUAUUUUUUUAUAAAUAAAUUAUUUUAAAAGUA